AAGAAAAACAACGAUUUCAGCCAGCAUUUUCGGCAAUGAUUUUUUAGUUCGUCGACUUGUGUUUAUAUCCGGGAAAAGCAAUCAGUCUGGCUUGGAGACGACACAGGGAUCCCAGGUAUUGACUGUCACACCUCGAUGAUUUGGUCGUCAAGUGAGUUGCGUGAUGUACUGUUACAAAUCCAAUGCUAAUCGUGUUCUAUCCUGAAUCCCUGCUAUUGCCAGAGGUAAGGUCAACCACAAUCUAUUCUUCGUUUGCAAUUGACGUCACUUCCUCUAGAGCGAUCACACUUAAAACCGGAAGUCGGCCAUGUUGGAAGAUAUACAAUCGCGGGAAAGUGAGCGCUCAGUUGCGCGUGCCUUCUUUUGUGAAACUGAAAGUCGUCUUUAUAUUCAUUGUUAUUGUAAUUUUUUUAAAAUGCCAACUCUCUGUGCUGUAUAUAAUUGUGGGCACAACAAUAUCAGGGACAUUGAGUAUAGUUUUUACAGAAUUCCGAAGAUAAUUAGACAUCAAGGAGAGCAAACGCAAAAACUUAGCACCGAAAGGAGAGAACAGUGGCUGAAAAACAUCAAUAGAGACAGGAAAGAUCUCACAGAAAAGAAAAUCGAUGGAACUAGAGUAUGCAGUGCUCAUUUCGUGUCAGGAAAGCCAGCCACGCUGGAAGACAAAUCAAACAUAGACUGGGCUCCUACUGUCAACAUGGGUCAUUCCUACAUAAAAAAACACUCAACGAAAGGUGCAGAACGCGAAAAAAGAGCGGCGAAAAGAGGCCUAAAUGCUCUAAAUCCAACCAAGAUUGUUAAGCGUAAAGUUGCGCGGCGUGAAGGUGAACCCGAAGUGGUCGCGGCCGUAUCUAAAUCGAAGUCUGAUGAUAAAAACCUUUUAUGCAGUGAAUUCUCCUCACAAGGGAGCACAGGGCAACCUGAAGAAUCUUUUCUAUUUCAAGAUAAUUUAGGUAAGACUUUGUGUUAAAUUUGAUCGUAUGAAUUUCAUUCGCAAAUGGCAGACAUAAACAAUAAUUGUUAAACACUUGUACUUUUUGGUUCCAAUUUUAGCUGCAGUCCAAUUGUUACCUGAGAAUGAGAAUG